AUGUCACGCAAAUAUCACCAAGUAGAGAAAUCGCCAAAGAUUCAAACUACUACAAACAGUAGAACGAAUGUUAAACAACAAAACGAGAAACUCAAAAAAACAGCACGGCAGAAAAAUAUAGACAAUGUUGAUUCAUCAUAUCAGUCUGCUACAAUAUCUAUCCCAAAAUUAAAAGGUGGUCGUUUAGGAAACAAGGAAAAAAUUCCACCUAUUCCAUCUGGGAGAUCUCAUUUGGAUGACGAUGACGGCAAUGUUGAUGAUAAUGAGCAAGAUUUUGAACUCAUCGAUGAAGGCUCUUUACCGCUCAAACUAUUCGCCGGCAAAAAACAAUCACUUACUGAACUGAGUGAAGAAUCUAUGUCAUUUCUAUGGCUUAGACGAUUCAAAGAAAUUUUUUUACGCAUGGGUGAUGGCAAAGAUGAACAAGUUGACGAUCCUUUUGUUGAAUUUGACAUGAAUUUAGCUAAAACAGAUUUGGCAAAUACAUGUGAUCGAUAUAUCGAGAACGAACGACCCGCGCUUACAAAAAAGGAGGAAUUAACACCAAUAAAGAAAGGUGACGAUCAGCCGAAUUUUGGUAAUGCUAUUUGGUGGUAUUCGUGUGACAAGGCGAAUAUAUACUAUCAAAUUAAUUCAAUAUUACGUCUUGAAAAUUUUGAAUUGCUGAUGUCAUAUCGUUAUUAUUUGAGUGAUCUUUGCAGAAUGAUUGAAUUCAUGUAUCAAAAAAGAAAAGAUGAAUACGGUGAUGCUGCACAAAUAUUCUAUCGAUCUGGUCAUAUUGAUAAAAAACAGCUAGAGAAGAUGAGCCGCAAACAACAAAAAGGUCAAUUCAUAUCACUGCUUGGUUUUAUUUCAGCUACAACUAAUAUGAAUAUUGCCAAAGGCUAUGCUAAAAAACAAAAUACUUCUAAAGAUAAUGAAAAAGCUUUGUUUAAAAUCAGAAUCGAACCUCAGCAACCAUGUACAGCAUUUGCAUAUAUCUCUGGUAUCUCAUUUCAUCCUGAAGAAGAAGAGGUCUUAUUUAGUAUGGGCUCAACGUUUACUGUUGAUCAUGUUGAGCCAAAAAAUGACGAAAAUUUUUAUACAAUUCAACUUACAGCAUCUGAAAUCGAUAAAACACUUGUCGACGAUAUUCGUACGAAAGUUGAAGAGUGUUCACCCUCGGGUCGAGCUGUUCUACUUGCUCAGUAUCUUAUGGAAUUAGGCGAGUAUCGAGCAGUCCGUAAAUAUCUUAGCUCACUUCUAACCCAAGCAUGCGAUGGAGGCAUAUUGGUAAAUGAUCCAAAUCUUGCUGCCAUUUAUUGUUGUCUAGGUAUGACUUACGCUCGGCAAGGUCUUCAUAGUGAUGCACUUAAAGCCUUCAAACAGGCACUUAAUGUACAAGCACGUGUCGAAUAUUCGAAUAAUAAUGCAUUAGCUAAUAUUCAUAAUAAUAUUGGAUUAGCCUAUAUAGGCUUAGAUCAUAUGGAUGAAGCGGAAGAGACAUUAGCGAAAGCGUUACGUAUACAAUUACGAGAAGUUAAUUCGAAUCAGCAGCACUUAGCAUCGAUUUACGGUAAUAUUGGCUAUGUUCAUUACAAAAAGAACGAUUUUGAAAAAGCACUGGAUGGUUUCACUAUUCGUACGUGGAAACGUAGUUUAAUAUUUCAACGUAAGGCACGAUUAGAACAAUUAUUGCUUGGAACUACAGAUAACAAUUCUUCAACACUAACCAGAGCUCAAGAAUCCCUUAUCAGUAAAAGUUAUCAACUUGCACGUGAACAUUAUUUGAAAUUAAUCAAAGAAACUAAUGAGCCAAAAGAUGAGACAAUUAAACCACUGCCUUAUGAUUUUUGUUUGGGUUUUCUCUAUGCUGAAUCAUAUAAUCGUGAUAGAGCAAUUGAAUAUUUGACGAAGACGACAACAAGUUCACAAAAAUCUGAUCACGACAUCUUGUUUGCUGUUUAUCUUCUCUUGGCUGACAUGUUCAAACAUCAACAUGAAUACGAAAAAUCUAUCGAAAAUUUCGAUCAAGCAUUAAAAUCACUAAAAUCUCUCGAAAGUCAAAAGGAUCGUGUAUUGGAAAUUGAAAUAAAAUUAGCUCGUAUUGACUGUCUCAUUAAAACCGAUCAAAAUGAUGAAGUAAUUACCAAAUUGGAAACACUCAGAAAAUCAUUAAAAUCGAAUGAUACUGAUACGAAGCGUAUAAGUCUAAAAGUAAUCAUUUAUGAUACCCUAGCUCGGUAUUUUUCGAUGCAAAAAAACUACAAAUUAUUUGACAGCAAUGCUGAGGAGUCACUAGCACUCAAACUUCGUUGCUUCUCUCAGUAUCAUCCCAGUUUAACUAUCAGUUUAAUAUUAAUGGCCGAGCGUCAUACUCAAGAGCGUCGUUACCGUGAAGCAUUAGACUUUUAUGAGCAUGCACUUGAAGUGCAAAGUUUAAAUUUGACUGAUAAGCAUCAGAAAAUAAGAAAGAUUUGCUAUGCCAUCGGUGAUAUUUAUUGUGAAUUGGAUAAGUUACCGAAUGCCAUGGAAAAAUAUAAUGUGGCCGAGAACAAAAGUUUGGACGUAGAUGAAGAUGAUGUUCUACAGCAAGAGACAACUAGUUUAGAAGAAUCAAUGGAAAUUUUAAUGGCUCGAAUAAGUAUGCAUCAACAUUUAGCAGAAUAUCAUUCAAGAAAACAAGCUUAUAAAGAAGCCAUUUCAGAAAUGAAUAAAAUUAUCAAUUUAUUAGAAAAAAAAUUACCAUCGUCAACAUUCGAUAUCAAUGAUGAAACAAAAAUACGAGAAACAAACGAUUUUGAAGAUACCAACAUAUUGGAAUUAGCUGAUUCGUAUUUUCAAUGUGCUCUUCUUUAUGAUCAACUCUCGUUACACCUCAAAAGUAUUGUUUCUUAUAUUUCAGCUUUUGCUAUAUAUGCUUCGAAAUCGCUCAGUAAAAUCGAAAUAUUAAUCAGUGAAGCAACCAAUAUAAUAAAUUCCUUUACAGGGGACGGUCUUAAACCAAAAGAUAUCCUUGAAAUCUAUAAGCGACUACUGCCGUCUGAAGAUGUAAUUCAAACAUGUUUGAAAAUAGCUGCUAUGUAUCGUGAAAAUGAAAUGGAUGAUGUUAAAGAUUUAGAUGAUGAUGAUGAUACAAGUAACGAAUCACGAGAAAUAGCUGUAGAAUGGUAUAGAGAUUGUCUAUACGCUACUGAUGAUGUAUUGGCAAAAGGUGUAUGUUAUUACAAUAUUUUAAGUGUUUAUAAGAAUUUUAUUUAUGAAGAUGAUGAUGGUAAAGCUAUUGUUGACGAUAUGAUUAAUUGCUUACCAAAUCCAGGAUUAUCAUGUGUAUAA